ACCGGCCGCCCGCCCGGCCCGCAGAUCUCCGUGUACAGCGGCCUCCCCGACCGCCAGACCGUGCAGGUGAUCCAGCAGGCCCUGCACCGGCAGCCCAGCACGGCGGCGCAGUACCUGCAGCAGAUGUACGCGGCGCAGCAGCAGCACCUCAUGCUGCAGACGGCCGCCCUGCAGCAGCAGCACCUCACGAGUGCCCAGCUCCAGAGCCUGGCCGCCGUGCAGCAGGCGAGCCUGGCUGCCAACCGGCAGAGCGGCCCGUCGGGCGGCAGCGGGGCGGCCGCAGCGCCGGCGCAGCAGCCCACGAUCAACCUGGCGGCGGCGCCGGCGGCCGCGCAGCUCCUGAACCGGGCGCAGAGCGUGAACUCGGCGGCGUCGGGCAUCGCGCAGCAAGCGGUGCUGCUGGGCAAUGCCGCCUCACCCGCGCUCACCGCCAGCCAGGCGCAGAUGUACCUGCGUGCRCAGAUGCUCAUCUUCACCCCCACGGCCACCGUCACCGCCGUGCGUCCCGAGAGCCCCGCGGCGCCCGCGGCGCCGCCACCCGCCUCCGCCGCCCAGGUGCAGAACCUGGCCCUGCGCCCCGCCGCCACCGCUGCUCCCCACCUGCCCGCCCUGGCCAUGAAGCCCCCCGGCCCCCCCAAACCGGCCGCCCCCAAGGCCGGCCCGCCCGAGCCCCCCGCCGACCACCUCAAGAAGGGGGACGCCGCCGAUGCCCGCGCCCACCCCCUGGCCCGUGCUGCCCCCGCCGCUGCCACCCACCCGCUCAUCGCCCCAGCCUACGCGCAGCUGCAGCCGCACCAGUUCCUGCAGCAGAAGCAGCAGCAGCUCCAGCACCAGUUCGUGAUCCAGCAGCAGCAAGCGGCGCCGCGGGGGCCGCCCCAGCUCCCGCCCGCCCCCGGCAUGACCUCGGGCACCGGGAGCUCUGCCGCCAGCGCCGCCACCAGCWCCAGCAGCGUCGCCGCCGCCGCCGCCGCGCCGCACAAUGGCGAGAGCAAGCCGCCGCAGGCCGUCGUGAAGCCGCAGAUCCUCACGCACGUCAUCGAGGGCUUCGUCAUCCAGGAGGGCGCCGAGCCCUUCCCGGUGGGGCGCUCCUCGCUGCUCGUGGGCAGCCUGAAGCACAAGUAUGCGCAGGAGCUGCCGCCGGAGAAGCUGCCCCCGCCGCCGCCGCCGGACACCGCCACCACCACCGACUCGGACAUGGAGGAGCCCUACGCGCCAGAGCCCAAGGACGAGGGGAACCCGCCCAAGCUGAAGUGCGAGCUCUGCGGCCGCGUCGACUUCGCCUACAAGUUCAAGCGCUCCAAGCGCUUCUGCUCCAUGGCCUGUGCCAAGAGGUACAACGUGGGCUGCACCAAGCGCGUGGGGCUGUUCCACCCCGACCGCAGCAAGCUGCAGAAGCCCGGCGGGCCGCCGCACGGGCGCCGCCGCUCCUGCAAAAGCACCUUGCCCGCCCUCGGCAAAGACACCAAGAAGCAGAGCCCGGUCUCCCUGCCCGCGGGCUCGGUGCCACUCUCCGUGACGACGUCGCUGCAGCUCAACCACAGCCAGGAGGACUCGAGCCGCUGCUCGGACAACUCGAGCUACGAGGAGCCGCUGUCGCCCAUCUCCGCCAGCUCGUCCACGUCGCGCCGGCGCCAGGGUGACCUCGAGCUGCGCGACAUGGAGCUGCCCGACAUGCACGUGCGGGAGCUGGCCGGCAUCGGGCACCGCUUCCUGCCCAGCGAGCCCAGCAAGUGGAACGUGGAGGACGUCUACGAGUUCAUCCGCUCGCUGCCCGGCUGCCAGGAGAUCGCCGAGGAGUUCCGGGCGCAGGAGAUCGACGGGCAGGCGCUGCUGCUGCUCAAGGAGGACCAUCUCAUGAGCACCAUGAACAUCAAGCUGGGCCCGGCGCUCAAGAUCUACGCGCGCAUCAGCAUGCUCAAGGACUCGUAGAGCCGCCGCGCUCGCACGGACGCUCCCCGGGGAGGGCGGUGGGACCCCCCCGCGCCCUCCCCUCCGCCACCCUGCGCUGGGAGGCUCCACGGGCCGAGCACAAGGGGCCCCCGCGCCGGGGGCCGGCUCUGCCGCAGGGAUGUGUAAAUAGCCCCUAGCAUUAGCCCCCACACACCUCGCACCGGGCCGGGGGGGUGCUCAGCCGGCCCCCCCUCCCCGGCCUUACCCCACCCAUCAGGGUGAAACAGGAUGGUUGCCUUAAACAGUGGGUGCCUGGUGGUGCCGGGGGGCUCAGCUGCUUGAACCUCCCCUUCCCCCUGAGGCUUUUAGCCCCUCUCGGGGGUGCUUGGGGGGGCUGUGGGGCCCCCCCCCCAGAGGGAGUUUGGGUUGUCCUGAGCCAGGUAAGGCACCCCCUGUCCGCAGGGCCCCUCGCCACCACAGCCCAACCACUGCGGUCUUUUUAAAAAAAAAAAAAAAAAA